AUGUCGGCAGGGGAUAUAUCAGCUAUAAAUACCAAAUCUGUCAAAAAAAACAGAAGGAGAAAGAAGAGAAGAACAGCAGACGUUUCAUCAUCAUCAGAAUCAUCAUCAUCGGAUUCAUCAUCAGACAAUGAAAAGGAAGAAGUCAAAAAAGAAUCCAUCAAAGAAGAAGAUAAUGCGAAUCAUAAGAUUGACCAUGAUUUCUCAAAGGAUAAUAACGAAGACAAAGAUGAUGACAUCGAAAUUGAAGUUUCCGAUGUCGAGCUAACAGACGAAGAAAGUAAGGACAUCAAAUCAAACUCAAAAGAAAUAAUAGAUGACCUCACCAAAAUCUCUUUGAGGAAGAUUCCAGAACCUUCAAGAUCUCAGAAGAAAGAUGUCUUCAUGAAUUCAUCGAAGAUUGCCCAAAACAUCAAACUUUCAAGAGAUGAAUACAACGAGUUGGCAGAAAAUUUCACACCGAAAGGGAAUGACAAAAGCAAAAUAAGAGAGGAAUAUUUAAAUUUACUUUUUGAAAACUACGGUGAUGAUAUAAAUCGUCUUAGAUCUGCCCCAGAUUUCACGAAUAAAUCGUUAUCCAUUUUGGCAGAUGCUUUGCAAGAAGGUAUAGGGAUGUUUGACAUCGGCGAACUAGAAUCAGUUUUGAAGAAAAAGGAAAUAGAGAACUAA